AUGCCAUAUGCAACGGAUCUGUCACGCUCAGGCCUAACCAUCGACUACAGUCGAGACCUUCUCGGCGUGUACACCGACAUGGCGGCUUUCUACAUCGUGCAGAAACGCAGUCUUGAAAUCCUAGGCUACGUCUACACCAGACCGGAAUAUAUCAAAAUCGACGAGAACGACGUACUAUUCAAGCCCGACCUCCCCUCCUGGGUCCCCGACUGGCGCUACCGCAUCGACGUCCGGCCUCUCAACAAAACCGGCAUCGUCGGUCCAGACUAUAGAAUCAUCUACACUCCCUGCCCCGGCACCUUGGUCGGCGCCUACACAUCCUCCGACCGCUCCCUCUUCAUCCGCGGCUUCGUCGUCGACAGAAUCUCCUGCCUCGCCCCGCCAGGCACAACCACCGCCAAAAACGCCACCGAACUCGCCACGGCCAAGGCCUUCCUCCGCGAACACGACCCCACCCUUGCCUUCACUGACGAAGAAUUCCUCCGCACCACCACCGUCGACGCAGAUUACCGCUGGGACAACGAGGAACGGACUCACUGCAAUAUCCGCCGACCGCAUCCGUCGACGACAGAAUUGACAGGCAUCGAUCGCGAACUCCAUGUCGAGAGGCAGGAGACGGUGCAGCACGUGUGUAUCUUCCAUCAGGUGGGUUCGACGAAGGAGGGAAGGAAGUUGGGACUGUUUCCGCAUGCGGCGAGGGAGGGAGAUUUGGUGGUGGCGUUGUCUGGAGGGAAUGCGUUGUAUGUCCUCGGUCCUGAUCAAGGCUUGGACAGGGAGAGGGGGGAGAUGAGGAGGUAUCAGUUUAUUGGGGAGUGCUAUAUUGACGGAAUGAUGGAUGGGCAGGCGAUGGAGUUGCUCAAGAAGGAUGGUGGAGGGGAGGGUGGAGUGCAAAGUCGGAUGUUCAGAUUAUGCUAA